CGCUUCUGGCAGGAUGAAUGGGGAGCCACUGCACGAGCCUAGCCACGUCUCAGCUCAUGGUUGACAGCCUGAUCCGGCGAGCAACUCUCCAUCUGAUAUGAAUUGAAAGCAGAGUCAACUGUUUAUGAUCUUUAUACCCUGUAAAUGACAAGCAAGUGCACUGAACCAUAGAGCUUAGAACUUGUUGGAGGAUACGUUUAGCUGAGACGAGCUCUCUCUCCCCCCCGUCAUUUGUAUGACUGUGCUUGUGGUUGUUAUUGCUGUUGAGUCAGGUUGUUGAAUUUCCAGACUCGACACGCAUGUGAGAAAGAUGUCAGAAUUUGUUGAUACUGACGAGACUGAAACUCAGCUAGCCUCAGCCACAGAGCAGCGAGACGCAUGCGCUGCUUGUGGGGCUUGUGCCAACGAUGAAAUUUGGCAAGACCUUUGAGACGCACCUGACCAUCGAAUGGCGGCAGCAGUACAUGCGAUAUACGUUAGCCCAGGCAGCUGGCAAUCUAACAACAAUCCGCAAUUCCAAGGACCUGAAGACGCUGAUACGGCGCGGCGUGGACGGUGCCCCAACGGGGGAUGCGGUAAGCCAAGCGGAGCUCAAUGCCUACUAUGCCGCCUUCGAGGAGCAGUUCUUUACGGAGUGCCAGCACGAGCUGACACGGGUAAACAAUUUCUUUCUGGAGAAGCUGGCCGAAGCACGCCGCAAACAUGGCACACUCAAGCUGCAGCUGUUGGCAACGGCGCGAGCACCUGGCCACACCGCCAGCUCCUAUUCCCUGAAUUCGCAGCGGCCGUCGGCGGUGAGCGUGCGCGCGAAUAGCAGCAGCAGCAACCGGAAGCUGAUGACCCAGCGACAGCUGCGCAAUGCCUAUAGCGAAUUCUAUUUGACGCUGGUGCUGUUGCAGAAUUUUCAGUCCCUCAAUGAGACCGGCUUCCGUAAGAUCUGCAAGAAGUAUGACAAGCAUCUGAGAUCGACGCGCGGCGCCGACUGGAUGGAGCGCAACGUUAUCUAUGCCCCCUUCACUGAUCAGCACGCCCUCCAGCGCAUGGUUGUCGAGGUCGAGGAGCUGUAUACCCAUUAUCUGGCUGGGGGCGAUCGAUCGCGGGCGAUGACCAAGCUGCGUGUGCCGCCCCUCGGGCAGCCGACGCCGGCGCGGAUUGUUUUCCGUGCCGGUCUGGCUCUGGGCAUGUUCCUUAUGCUCGCGUUCACCACGCUCUUCAGCUACUUCCGGAGGCCGCCGGUGCAGGGAAACAUUGAGGCGUUCAUGCGCCUCUACCGUGGACCCUUUACCUGGGUGAUAUUUAACUUUUAUAUGGCCGCCAAUGUGGCCGGCUGGCAGCGAGCGGGCGUCAAUCAUGUGCUCAUCUUUGAGAUCGAUCCGCGCAGUCACCUGCAGCCGGCCACAUUUCUGGAGAUCGCGUGCACCUUUGGCCUGCUGUGGACGCUGUCGAUACUGGGCUUUCUGUUCCACGAUCUAAUACAUGUGCACGAUCCGUUCGUCUUCCCGCUGGCGCUGACCCUGAUCAUGAUUAUGCUGCUGAUCAAUCCGCUGCCUAUCAUGAACUGGCCAGCCCGCUGGUGGACGAUGCGGCUGGUUGGGCGCGUCAUAACCGCACCGCUGCACUAUGUGGGAUUCGCCGACUUUUGGAUGGGCGACCAAAUGAACUCCCUGGUGACCUGCAUGGCCGACUACUAUUAUAUUGUGCGCUUCUAUGUUGUCUGCUGGCUGCGCUAUGCCAGCGUUGACUUCUGCUUUGAGGAGGACAUGUUUGUGCCCAUCUCGCGCUGCCUGCCCGCCUGGUUUCGCUUUGCCCAGUGCCUGAGACGGUUCCGGGACAGCGGCUCAAAGUCGGCCAGCUAUCUGAUCAAUGCUGGCAAAUAUUCGACAACCUUCUUUGUGGUCUUCUUUUCGACAAUGCGCGGACGCACGGAUGAUGGCUAUGCGAAUACGUUUAGCAAUCCGUACACCUGGUUCUUUAUACUGAGCUACAUUGUAUCGACCAUCUAUUGCUAUCUGUGGGACGUGUGCAAGGACUUUGGCAUCUUCAAGAUCUGGCGGGGUGAGCAUUUGUUUUUGCGCGAGAAGCUUGUCUAUCCGCAGGCCUUCUACUACUUUGUCAUCAUUGAGAAUCUGAUCCUGCGCUGCUUCUGGGCCGUCGAGUUUCUGGUGCUCUACCACAAGCUGAUCACGCCCUACAACAUCAAGACCUUUGCCAGCAUCCUAGAGAUCACGCGUCGCUUCAUAUGGAAUUAUAUACGGCUGGAGAACGAGCAUUUGUAUAAUUGCGGUCAUUUCCGUGCCACGCGCGACAUCCAUUUGGCCGCGCUCAAUUCCCAGCAGGAGCGCAUGCUCGAGAAUAUGAUGGGCGAGCCAGACGGCGCUGCGCCCGGCACCGCCGCUGGCCGCAAGCCCGACGAGCGUCGUCGUCUGGGCAAGGAAUACUUCUAGGUGCCCAAACGCAGCUGUUCCCGGUCUGUCAUUCGCCAUGCGCCAUUCGCCAUGCGCCAUUCGACAUACUCAUGUGUGUGUGUGUGUCCAUUGGCCCGUUUGCCGUUAAUGUUAAUGGCCCUCCGUCAUCGUCGUUGUCAUUUAAGCCACUUCUUUAAUUAAUUCAUUUGUGCAAAAAGAAAAAGAAAAUAAAAUAAACGAACCCCCAGAGAAAGAGGAGCGCGAUCGGGCAUCGGGCAUCGGGCAUCGGGCUAAGCUGCGACACGCGCCAAACCGGUUGCACAGCUGCACCCAAAUGCAGCCGGGCCA